AUGCCGCUGUUUUGGCUACCUCCUCUCCCGGAAUGGGCUGCCCAGCUGGUCAGCAUCCUGCCCCUGUGCGCCCUAAUUGAGUUCAGCGAAGAAGCCCUGAAACUGCAUGUCUUCGAACUGGCCGGAUUGAUUCCGCUCUGGAGCUGGCCUGUCUCCCCUAAGGGAGCGCGACUCCUGCUCUCGUCCGAUAAUUCGAUUGACGCCUGCUGCCUCGAUCGGCCUGGCGCAUCCCCCGAGCUCCAUUGCAUGGACGGCAAAUACGGAGAUCAUUACCCCAGCAGCGCAGCAGCCACGACGAGGCUGUACCUCAGCGCCCAAAGUAUCACCAAGCGGGUCAGCAACCCCUUCGAGAAAAACCCUAACCUCUCCCGCCGCCAGAAGCUAGACCUCUACCUCGUGCGACCCAUGCCCACCUCACAAUCUGGUCUCUGGAUCCUGCGCGGGUGGGAAAAGUUGCACGGCGUCGUCUCCCCGCGCUACGCGACCAGCGCACUGACCGGCUGGAUGCUCUGGCUCGCAAUCCUCAUCCUCUCCCUCGUCAGCGGCACCUACCUUGGCUUCGCAUAUCUCCUGCUCAUGCCAAUCACCGGAACUGCAGCCUCUCUCCUCCUAGGCGGCCAGGCCCGGAACCUCCUCGCAUCCGAGAACCCAGGCACCGAAGACCGCCUCGUUGUCGUCACCGACAGCCUCAACGGCGGCAGCUGGAGCGCCUAUUACGGCCCCAAAGACCCAAUCAACGCCCUCCUCAACCGGCCCCUUCUCCGCCCCACGCGCCCCUCUCAUCCGCAUCUCCUCCGCUGGAUCAUCCGCCUCUGCGUGAGCACUCAGUGGAUCCUCCUGAUUGUCAGCUCCGCACUGCAGGGCUGGGACGCCGCCGUCGUCACAGCCUGGACCGCCUUCUGUGCCCUCUUCGUAACGUACAUAUACCCUCCCGAGCGCGCGGCGGCCGACUGGCUGCGUUUCAACUGCGGGUUGGCCAUCUCGCGGAUCCGCACAGCGUUCACGACGCGGCGCCCUCUGCUCUCUGCGCUGGCAUAUAUCAACCCCGACCGCGACCAGACGGCCUGGAUGGACCCGAUUCUGGCCAAGGCGGAGGAGCGUACGCAGUGGGAGAAGGCGAUGUUUGAACUCAUCGCUACGGGCCAGACGGAUGAGAAAUGGGCCAAGGAGUACUGGAUGCACCUGGUGGUAGAGGGGGUGGAGAUGGGGAAGAAGCUGGAGCAAGCGGUUAAACAGGAGCUGGCGAGGCCGUAG